UUUUCCACACCAUAAAUUGACUGCAAUAAGCUCAGUGUUAGAAAAGAGAUGAUAAAUUGAAUAGACUACAAAGAUCCACCUUCCAACAUACAUACUGGCCAGCUGGACAGUUUAAGCCUAAUUAGAUUCUAUCUACUCCGUACAGGCGUAGGCGGGUGAACAUCUUAUUUGCGACACAUGUUUAUUCCAUUGCUAACCUUCGAAGACACCUCUCCUCCCCAUUCCGACUCGAUUUGAAAUUCAUUCUAACAAAAUCAAGUAACUAUAACUACAGCAUGAGUUCGGUUCAGUCCAUAGAGCUGUACAAGUCGCAAUGACAUGGGGGAAUAUGCCGCCACCUUUGAAGAGAAACCGCGAUGAGAACAAAGGGAAGGAGAAUUCUCCUGGAGCAGCCAAAUCUGCAACGACAGGAGGGAAUAUGCCGCCACCUUCGAUCCUGCGACUGCUCAGGAGUGCCCUAAAAAUUUCAAUAUUCGGAGUCGGAAAUCACCAUUCUCGAAGUCAUUGGAUCCGGAGACCAUGCGAUGGUGUACCACAUUGCAGCUGGAGGGAGGAAAGUCGCACUUAAAAUAGUAAGUGUCCGCACACUUUACAAAGACGAGACGCUUUUCUAACCAUUCAAUCAAGCAUAAAUACGAAAAUAGCGAUAUAUCACUAUCCGGUACACCGAAACUCAACAUCUUCUUCGAGCGUGAACGAAACGCUUAUAAUAGACUUUCCCAGACGAGCGAACUGCCACCUGCAUCAACACCGAAGUACUAUGGAUACAUCAACUUUACAAAACCGCCCCAAGUAAAUCGGACAGUGAGAAUACCUCGAAAACUAUUCAGAUCGACGGUAUACCGGCCGGCAGUGUACACUGAUUUCCUUGUGGAUGAAGUACCCGAUGAAAUGGUACUAAAGGACCCCUGGCGGAGUUACUUUAUGAAUGAAUCCGGAAACUGCAUUCUACAAGGCGUGAUUCUGGACGAGAUCGUGGCAGCUCGACAUAUCGAUAUCUACGGCAGUGAUUCAUCAAACUUCAACAUUGCUCGGUCUGGCCGAGAAGGUCUUAAAGCUCUGCAUCUGCGGGGCAUCUUACACGGUGAUGUGAAGAAUCGACUUAAUGCUAUGAUCAAGCGUUCAGGGGACCGUGUUAUUUGGAUUGAUUUCAGUAUGGGUGAAGAAUGCGAUGCAAAUGCUAAAGAUAAAGGCUUUAGGAGGAAAGCGCGUCGAGAAAUGCGUGAGUGGGAUCGUUUCUUUGAGGUUAGGAAAGUAGGAAAGUGAGUCUGGGAUGCCUUUAGUCUGUCAUUUUAGGGAUGUGAGGAGAUGAUAGCGGGUAGGGUUUGCGUGGGUGCUAGAGGGUAGUAGGAUCUUAGAGGAGUUCAUUACGAAAACAUUCUAUACAUCAAUGGACAUUAGCACAUAAGGGGAGUAUUGUCCUAAGGAUAUUGAAUUACUCAAAUAGAUAUUCUAGUGGAUGCCUAUAUGGUUGACACGACACACUUCACAUUCCCAGUUCCUCGAACCCCCGCGCCAAAAGAAUACCAUUGACAUGGUAUUUAUUUCCGCUUUGAAAGCAGCUCAGCAGAGGCGAAUAGAAUCUCAAGAAUCACCAAAAAAAUGAGUGGCUAUUGCCGUAUUUUACUUCCACUCAGGUAUCAGCGAAGUCAAACUACAUAUUGUCCUCCGCAGAAUAGUGGUUGUAUGUCGGGUUCUCUGUGAAGCUUAGCUUCUGUCUUUGCUUUCCUUGUUUUGUUUGAAAUGAACUCGUUGCCACAAUCCACCCUGCUGGCAAAGUAGGAAUGGCAUAAACUUUACAGGAGGGGCAUGGAAUGAAUGCCGGGGACAUUUCACAGGGCUUCACGGAUACCGGCACGCGGUGGGGGAUUUCGACUAUAAUGUCUUUGGCGAGUGCGUGCAAUAAGCGCUUAAUUUGGAAGGUAUAGGCUAUUUUGAGGUUCGACGGAGAGUGGUUGUGGUGGGUUUUCAACAUUCAUAAGAUUACAUUCUCACCCAUAUACCUACUCCAAAUGAGCACCAUUAUUUGUCCACACCGGUAUAUUC